AGCGUCUUUGAGCACCUGUAAAAGCGCUAACAAAAUAAAUCUAUUAUUAUUAUUACAACAUGUACUAUGUAGAACUACAACAUGUAGAACUACAACAUGUACUGUGUAGAACUACAACAUGUAGAACUACAACAUGUACUGUGUAGAACUACAACAUGUACUGUGUAGAACUACACCAUGUAGAACUACAACGUUUUUCUUCUGCAGUGAGGAGAAUGUUUGGUGUCUCUGUGAGUUCUUCAGGAGAGAGGACGCUGCUCAGCUGGAGGACAUGUUUGUAGUUUUUAUCUCCAAUGAGAAUAGAACGGUUCCUCUGUGGAGGCAGACGUCUGGACGGGGGGGGCAGCCGGUGGUCUGGGAUUACCACGUGGUUCUGCUGCAGGCGAGGUCUUCUGUGGUUUAUGAUCUGGACUCGGAGCUGCCGUUUCCCUGCAGCUUGAAGCGUUACUCCUCUGAGGCUCUGAGGAGUGAGAGGGGGAUACGACCAGCUUAUCACAGGAAGUUGCGUGUUGUUCCCGCUCACAGCUUCCUGUUGAACUUUGCGUCCGAUCGAUCGCACAUGAAGAACUCUGACGGCUCGUGGAAGAUGCCCCCCCCCCCUUACCCCCCCAUACACACUACAGAGAGCCGGAUGAACCUUGAUGACUUCAUCAGUAUGCGCCCUGCUUACGGCUGGGGGCGGGUCUUCAGUCUGGAGGAGUUCCUGAAGACACACCUGGGGGGGGCCUCACCUUCAUCACCUUCAUCACCUUCAUCUUAACCUUAACCUUCAUCACCUUCAUCUUAACCUUCAUCACCUUCAUCCCCUUCACCUUCUUCUUAACCUUCACCUUCAUCACUUUCAUCUUCAUCACCUUCACACUUUCAUCACCUUCACCAUCUUCAGCAGCUUUAUCUUCGUCUCCAUCGUGCUAAUAAAAUGUUUGGGAUAUCCCGCUUUAAAACUAUCGAUCAUCAUUUAUUAUUAUAAAUAUUAUUUGUAUUCUUGUUAUUGAUUGGUUGUCAGUCUGUUGUUUACAGUUGACUCUUUGUAAACAAACCUCAGGGUCAGAGGUCAGACUGAAAAAUGUUGCUGUUUGUGUGUAAAUAAACCUGUGUGUUUAUGAUAAGUCA